GCGUGAACGUGCCCCCCCUCUCACGCGGAGGAUCCUACCAAACAGACCCUGAGCGCACGCGGGGAUGUGAUGGCCGCUGCACAUCUGGAUCGUGUUUACGACGCUGCGCACGAGAGCGGAACAACCUCCGGAGAGACGCACACUGCGCGCACUCGAUUUUUCUCUCACACGCACAAUGAUGUGCGCGCACUGAGCUCGCGAGUCUCCGUUUGACGCUCGUGCUCUGGAUCUGUCUCUGGCUCGGUCGGUGCGCAGCUGCGGGAAGAGACGAGCCUCCGGGAGGAACCGACACCGUCCAUCCCGCAACCGAACACCACGCACGCCCCGCCAGCGCGCUCCCACUGGAGUCUGCAAGGGCCCAGUAUCCUCCGCUCCCAUCCCCAUCCAGCGGCGCCGCGCACGGGGGAUACCCGAGAGCAUCCCUCCCUCUCCCAGCCGCACUCACCCCCAUCAUAUGGUCGAGCCCCCAGAAGGCUCGGAUCCAGUGGGGGAGGCGGAGGGAGGAUGCUGCGCGAGUAGCGCGGCUCGCAGAGGAAGAUGGGGAAGGACCAGGAGCUGCUGCAGGCGGUGAAGACCGAGGACCUGCUCACCGUGCAGAAGCUGCUGCAGAGGCCCCGGCCCGGGAAAGCAAAACUUCUCGGUUCUGCAAAGAAAGUCAACGUCAACUUCCAGGACACAGACGGGUUUUCUCCGCUGCAUCAUGCAGCCCUCAAUGGGAACCUGGAGCUCAUCUCUCUGCUGCUGGAGUCUCAGGCUGCUGUCGACAUCAGAGACCAGAAAGGUAUGCGGCCUCUGCAUUACGCAGCCUGGCAGGGGAAGGCGGAGCCCAUGAAGAUGCUGCUGAAAUCUGGUUCGUCCGUCAACGGCCAAUCAGAUGAAGGACAGAUCCCUCUGCACCUGUCAGCGCAGCACGGCCACUACGACGUGUCUGAGAUGCUGCUGCAGCACCAGUCCAACCCGUGCAUCGUGGACAAUGCAGGGAAAACCCCUCUGGACCUGGCCUGCGAGUUCGGCCGAGUCGGGGUGGUCCAGUUGUUGCUCUCCAGUAACAUGUGUGCUGCUUUGCUGGAGCCCAAAAAAGGAGACACCACCGACCCCAAUGGGACGUCUCCUCUCCACCUGGCCGCCAAGAACGGACACAUAGACAUUAUCAGACUGCUGAUCCAGGCAGGUAUCGACAUCAACCGACAGACCAAAGCUGGCACUGCUCUGCAUGAAGCUGCUCUCUGCGGCAAGACGGAUGCCGUGAGACUCCUGCUGGACAGCGGCAUCAACGCGGCAGUGAGGAACACGUACAGCCAGACGGCGCUGGAUAUCGUUUACCAGUUCAGUGCCACGCAAGCCAGCAGAGAGAUCAAGCAGCUGCUGAGAGUGUCCCUCUGUCCCUCAGAUGCGUCCGCGGCUCUUCAAGUUCGAGCUCUGAAAGAUUACUGCAACAACUACGACCUGACCAGCCUGAAUAUCAAAGCAGGAGACGUUAUUACGGUUCUGGAGCAGCACCCCGAUGGACGCUGGAAAGGCUGCAUCCAUGACAACCGGACAGGAAAUGAUCGGGUGGGCUACUUCCCGUCCACCAUGGUGGAGGUCAUCAGCAAACGCACAGUCAUUUGCACUCAACAGUUUCAAAAGAUACCGCUGGUUCCCCCGGCGACGGUUGCCCCGGCGACCAGCGCGGUAGUCAACGGCAACGACACCACGUUCCAUCAGAUCCAUAUCCUGCCUCCGCCCCCCCCACCGCCGCCGCCGCCACAUUCCCAUCAGCCACUGCUUCCACUUUUCACUUCCUUUGGCUAUAGCAGGUCGCCCGUGACAAGCCCACAGGGAGACACACCCACUUUCCCAGGUUGUCGCGGUUCAGAGGCAAGUCCUCACAGCUCCCCCACGCCGUCCGGCGGGCCCCACGGAGGCUCCAAUGAAGAGAUCUGGGUGCUGCGCAAGCCAGUGGCAGGUGGCGACCGCAGCAGUGUGGGCAGCUCUGGCAGUGUCACGAGCGUGAGGUCAUCAGGCAGCGGUCAGAGCGCCAGCAGCACCUCACACAACCUCCACCCACAGGCUGAAGGGGUUAAGCUUCUCGCCACCGUCUUGUCCCAGUCGGCCAAAGCUAAGGAGCAUCUCCUGGAUCAGUCCAAGUCCGUGGACCAACCUGCAGCAGGUUCUGCCAGCUCCUCUCGGACAUCGAGCCAAUCGGGGUGUCCGCUCCACGAGGCGCCGCCUUACGACGCCACGGCCACCAGGAAGGGGGAGGGGCCAGUCGAGGGGAAGAGCUCAGAGGCCGUUGUCCAAUGGCUGAGCGACUUUCAGCUGCAGGUCUACGCUUCGAACUUCGUGGGCGCUGGGUAUGACUUGCCCACCAUUAGCCGAAUGACCCCAGAGGAUCUGACUGCGAUUGGAAUCACAAAACCAGGUCACAGGAAGAAAAUGACCUCAGAGAUAAACAAGCUGAGUGUCACAGAGUGGCUUCCUGAUCAGAAACCUGCCAAUCUAGGAGAGUGGCUGUCUGCCAUUGGUCUGAACCAGUACCACCAGGUGUUAGUGCAGAACGGCUACGAGAACAUCGACUUCAUCACUGACAUCACUUGGGAGGACCUGCAGGAAAUAGGCGUCACCAAACUGGGUCACCAGAAGAAGCUGAUGCUGGCGGUGAAGCGACUGGCGGAGAUGCAGCGUGGAUCAGAAGGACGGGGCUCCCUCCGAAAGAAGCCCCCACCAAUCACACAGCAGCAGGAAGUCAUGUCCAUCGAGAGCCCGCCUCCAGAGGAGCUCAUGUCCCCAAAGAUGAGCACCUUCCAGGACAGCGAGUUGAGCAGCGAGCUGCAGAGUGCGAUGACGCAGCCAGGUCAGGAGGUCAAAGCUCAACGGACACGCAGCGUCAGUAAGGACCAUGAUGAGGUGACGGCAGGAGGUGGGGGAGGAGGUACUGGCCCACCUAAGAAGGAGGCACGGACUAUGAGGCAGCAGAGUAGCCAGGGAAGCACCUCCUCCCACAGGGGCAGCGUCUCCUCUCAAGGCAAACACCGUCACUCCCACUCCCAGCCGGCCCCUCCCUACACGCCGCCUCACACGCCUACCAAGUCUAGAACCUCAUCGUCCUCCUCCACUUCCUCCGUCCAGAGCACAGCUUCCUCGCAGUCCAAAAGCAAACCUCAGUACAUCCAUGGAGAGAGACCUCAUUCGCCGCGCUCUCACCCCCCUCAAUCUCCGACCCACCGUGGUGCUCCAGGUCCUCAGCCUCAGCAGCAGCAGCAACCUGCAGUCCAGCCGCCGCACCAGGCACAACCUCAACCUCAACCUCAACCUCAGCCUCAGCCGCAGAUGCAGGGGAUGGAGGUCAGGGAGAACCAACAACCACAGGUCCCUCUCCUCUGCCUCCCGCCAGAGGCGGAGCUGGCUGAGGGAGAAGGAGCAGAACCCUCGGAGCUCCAGAAGAAACGUGCUCACAGUCUCAACCGGUACGCCGUGUCAGACGGCGAGUGUGACGACCGGGCGGCACGAGGAGGAGGCGAAGGAGAAGCGGAGGUGAUUGUAAGUCAGAGCUCAAAGGUCAUCAGAGCGGAAGGAGUUAAAUAUGCUACGGUGACCCCCCGCGUCAGCCGCAGCCACUCCGUCCGCAACCAGGACAAGAACGGCAACCGCAACCACUCGCAGACCCUGGCUCUGCGUCAGAAGAAGAAAGGCCCGCCCCCUCCCCCCCCCAAACGCUCCAGCUCAGCCAUCUCCAGCUCCAACUCCAACCUGUCAGACACCAACGCACAGCCGGCCACACUCACCACGACAGGGGGGAUGCUGGACGUGCCUUACCUCCAACAGCGGCGAGCCAGCGACCUCGGGGUGUCUGUGGACGCCGGUGUUGUGGAGACCAACAGCAUGGGCAGUGUGAGGAGCAUCGCGGCCAUGUUGGAAAUGUCUUCUAUAGGGGGAGGAGCCAAAGGGAUGGCGAUUCAGAAGAAUUUCCUGCAGGUGGGAAAGACCUCACGUGAGACCAUCGGUCUGGACGGUGAAGUGGUGAAUCGACGGCGAACCAUCAGUGGCCCCGUCACCGAGCUGGUGGCGGCUGCCAGGCGCCACCAGCCGACUCCCUCCGCUCUGCCAUGUCCCGACGUACAACCGGAACCUGAAACCACCGCUCCCGCUGUGAACUCGUCCUCACCACACCCCCCGUCCUCCCCCCAUCCGAGCUCUGGAGGCAGCGGCAGCUCGUCAGAGAAUCUUCCAUUUGCAGAGGAGGGAAGUCUCACCAUCCGGCGCCAGGGACGAGGAGAAGGAGAAGGACAGUGUGUAUUUUGUGUUUGUCUGCAGGGCGACGGCGAGGGGGGUCCCCAGGGAGACGGUGGCUACGCCCAGGAGGACGUCGCCGGCGUUGAGGCCACGGCGACUUUCAAGCGCCGGCCGCGCGGCUCCAAGCCCCCCCACCCCAACGGCUCGGACUUCACCCUCCAGGAGUCGUCCACCGUCAAGCGGAGACCGAAGAGCCGCGACAAGGAGCCCGAAGGCUACGCAGAGCUGGCUGCCGCUAACGGAGAGCCGGUGGAAGCUGGGUCGCCGAACACCUCGCAGCCGGUGCCUUACCAGAACGGCACUGCCACCAUGAAGCGCCGCCCGGUUCCCGGUGGCCAGGAUGCUGGAGUGACGGAGCAACCCCAACCCCAUCCUCAACCCCAACCCAACCAUCAACCUCAACCGCAUCAUCAACCCCAUCAUCAACCCCAUCAUCAACCGCAGCCUCAACCCAACCAUCAACCUCAACCUCAACCGCAAAAUCAGCCCCAACCUCAACCCCAGCCGCCGGUGACGGCUGCUCCUCGCAGGGACAGUGUGGACCAAGCAGCUCCAUUGGUCAAUGAAGUCGUUCUGCAGAGGAAACCCAAGCCGCCGGUUUCCCCUAAGCCUGUAGUGGGUCAGAUGAAGAGAGGACCACAGACGCCCCCCCAGCCUACCAACAAGAGGGUUCCGCUGCCAGGCCCUGGCACACCAGGAAGCCCAGUGGAAGGGAAGAAGAUUCCUCCACCGGUCUCGCCGAAACCAGUGCCCCCGCCCACGGCGCCCAAACCGUCCAAGCUCAUCCACUCCAUGACCAGCCCCCCCUCCCCGACCCCAAUCCCAGCCCCAUUCAAGCAGCACUCUGUGGUGACCCGGCAGACCAGCUCGCCCCCGUCCUUCCUCCCCUCCAACACCCCCAGUCCCCCGAACGCCAAACCCACAAGCCCGUUAUGCCAGAGCCCCCACACGCCGCAGACCCCCACCACGCCACUGACCCCCCUGACGCCCCAGACGCCCCAGACUCCGGCUACUCCCAGCCCCACCCCGCCGCCCGUCAAGCCCCCUCGGUCCUCCAUCGGGGGGGUGUCUGUGGACAGUGGGAUGGUCGGCGGUGGGGUGACGGCGCCGGCGGCUGCGACAUCACCGGACUUCUGUGUGGAUUCUCUGGUGCAUCAGAAGCUGGAGGAGACCAGUGCGUCGCUGGCCGCGGCUCUGCGGGCGGUGGAGGAUAAGAUACUGCGGCAAGAAGACUCUGUGGCUGAGCAGAAGACCACAGUCAGUAUCCUGGACGACAUCGGCAGCAUGUUCGAUGACCUGGCCGACCAGCUGGACGCCAUGUUGGAGUAACCACAGACACCGGUCAGCAAGUCUCCACCGCAACGCUGCAGCACCGACGAAAAGCCUCUCUCUCUCUCUCUCUCUCUCUCUCUCUCUUUCUCUCUCUCUCUCUCUCUCUCUCUCUCUCUCUUUCUCUCUCUCUUUCUCUCUCUCCUUCUGUUCAUCCACUCUCCCCUGCAGUCGUCCAUCCCUCGCUGCUCUGGAAUAACCUCGUUCAUCCUCCUCUUCCUCUCGUCUCGGUGCAACCGGCCUGGACGGUACGUGGCAGCGAGAGAGAGAGAGAGAGAGACACUUAAAGAGAGCAGGUUAAAAAAAAGACCAAAAAACGACUAAUGGGGGAGAGAAAAUAAAAAAAAUGGAGAGACAAAGAAGAAGAAAAUGGCGGAGACUGCGUUUAUGAACUCCUCCGCGUGGACUCGAACAAACAAACUAAACUAAUAGUGAUUGAAAAACCAACUGUGUAAUGAAUCAUAGUGUGGUAUGUGUACAUUCUAAGCAUGGAGAGUUUAUAUCUACUGAAAAAGUCCUGCAUUAGCACACUAAUAUAUAAUAUACCGAUAAAUAUGAAUCUCUAGCUCUUUGAUUUGAUGUCUUGGUUCUGUGUGAAAUGGUGACCUCUGGUGUUGUGACGAUGUAAAUGAAUUGGUGGAUUUUUUUUUUAUCUGUGACCAAAAUGAGACUAUUCAGCUCCCAAAGUGUGCGUGUUUGUGUGUGUGUGAGUGUGUGCGCGCGUGUGCAUGCAUGUGUGUGUGUGUGUGUGAUGGGGAUUGUUUAAAAUGUGUUGAGUUUGUGGGUCGUCAGAAUUUCAUGAUUUCAGAAUCCAGUUUCCUGUCCUGGCUGCGUCCAUCGUCAUCGUCACCUUCAACACACUCACUCACACACAGAAGAAGCACAAUGACCCAUGCAGCCAGCUCGCACACACACACAGACACACACAGUUGCACACACAGGAGCCUGCACAAUAUAAACUCUAACGAGAGACGAGAGGAAACAGCAGGAUGUCCUGGAAAGCAGAUGUUACGUGUUGUAGAUAAACCUCUGGAAAUGGUUUCAGGAUGCAGUUGAAAGAGUUUUUAGUAAAACGAGGCUGAGGCUCGGGGUCAAAGGUCAGAUCAGGCUCAGUCGGUCCGAACUCCCCCCCCCCGCACAAAACAAACACAAGCACCAGAGGCCGAGACGAGGCCGACGAGCCCAGACUCACUGGAAAAAAAACACACAACAAGGGCAAAGCAACAAACUUCAGGUUCCAACAUCCCACAUUCACAUUAUUUUUUAAAAGCCUUAUCAUUCCAGAAUUAGUGAUUCUAACAUGUGAGUUAAAAAUCCAAAUGAUUUCCAAAUAUCCUUUAAGCAGGGAUGCACUGAUACAAUUCAAUGUGUCUUUAAAAAAAAAUGUCAGUUUGUGUCUUUUCCACAAAAUAUUAAAUUAUCAUGUGAAGAAUUAGAACGAAAACAUCGUGGCCCUCGUUAGAAAAAUCUGAAUCCGUCAGAUUCUUCAGGCUUCAUAGAUUAGUAACAUCUGGAAAUGUACGUGAUGCUUUCAAAUGAUAUUUUAUGAAAGGAAGCAUAAAUAAAAAGAACCCGCCCCAGAGCAGAACCUUGUGGAACUCCAUGACUAACUUUUGCGUGAUUAAACAGAAGCAAAAAUACAGAAUUUUCCACUGAUUCUGUUCCAGGAUGUACUCCGUCCUCGAACCAGCUGUUAACAUCUGCAUCAGUGUUAACAUCUGUAUCAGGCUCACAUCAGUGCAUCUCUUCUUUCAGACUCUGCAUCAAAUCAUAACUUUCACAGAAACAAGUGUUCGAUUCCUGAUUUCAUUUCAUUUCUCCAGGAUGUAAAAGAAAGAAAAAAAAUACACACUGGCCGAAACCCUUCCUGACACAUCAGCUGACACCCCCCCCCUCCCCCCACUCUCUCUCCACCGCCCAGCCCCUGCUGCCAUGACAAUCUACAUCCCCCCCCCCCCCACCCACCAUCCUCUUCAGGCAUCACCAUGGUUACUCCAGUGUAAAAAAGAACCCGGUGUUAAGAUGGAGCGAGCGGCGGGAUGUGUGUUCGCCCCCCCCGCCCCCCCGCCCGUUAACGAGAUCUCAGCUUCACAGUCCCACAGCGGCAACACUCCGUAUAUUAACGAUUACGACUUCAGAGAAUAGCUGUGGUAUUUAAAUUAUGAUCAAAUAGAGAUUAUAUAUAUAUGGAUAUUUGCAAAAAAACGGUGUAUUUAUGAUGUGUGUGUCCUCCUGAAGACUAUUUUUCAAAGUAAACAAUCUAAUCUGAGUGUUGAAUCCGUUCGCUUCUCCAUGCGUCAGUGGUUCCACGCCGACAAGUCGCCGCAGGAAGUCGGGAUAUUUCCAGGAAGCUUUUUUUAUUGUCAUUAAUAUUUUUUGUUAUGUUUUGUUCCCUCUGCCUACGUGUGUACGUGUGUCCAGCCGGAUGUGGCAAAGUGUAAAAUGCAAGCGAUUCUUGUUGUAUAAUUUUGGAGUUGUUUUUCAAAUGCAACAUUCUGUUUUUCUUUGAAACAUGUGCCUUGCUUUGUGAUUUUGGUCUGACUAAAAUACAGUAGAUGGGUAUGUACAACA